AUGUCGACGAUGGGCGCGAGCGGAGGUGGACGCGUGAACGACGACGACGGCGACGGCGGCGAUGCCUUGGGACGACUGAGACGAGACUUGAGACGCGAGCACGGCGCGAUGUACGCGAGGUUGCGCUCGAUGUUGGACGAGGACGCGCGCGAGGCGAGGACGAGAAGACGUCUUCGGCGCGCGUUGGUCGAGGAGUUUCCGGAGUUUGAUGCGUACGCGAUCGAUGUGGCGGUGGCGUGGGACGACGCGCGUUGCGCGACGUUGGCGCGCGGUCUCGUCGAGACGCCGACGGCCGAGGUUCCUUUCGGUGAGUGGUCACCGAUGACUCGAGCGGCGGAGAAGGGGCUCAAGGAGCGUCUGAAGUUCUUGCACGAGCACGGGUGCGCGUGGGAUGAAGAGACGUGCCAUGCCGCCGCCGAGAGCGGUCAUUUGGAGUGUUUGAAGUACGCACACGAGCACGGGUGUGCGUGGAAUGAAGAGACGUGCCGGUACGCCGCUGAGAACGGUCAUUUGGAGUGUUUGAAGUACGCACACGAGCACGGGUGUGCGUGGGAUGCAAAGACGUGCAUACGCGCCGCUGGGUACGGUCAUUUGGAGUGUUUGAAGUACGCACACGAGCACGGGUGUGCGUGGGAUGUAUGGACGUGCAUAUGCGCCGCUGGGAACGGUCAUUUGGAGUGUUUGAAGUACGCACACGAGCACGAGUGUGCGUGGGAUGUAUGGACGUGCAUGUGGGCCGCCAGGAGCGGCCAUUUGGAGUGUUUGAAGUACGCACACGAGCACGGGUGUGCGUGGGAUGAAGAGACGUGCAUAUGCGCCGUUAGGAACGGCCAUUUGGCGUGUUUGAAGUACGCACACGAGCACGGCUGUGUAUUGGAUAAGCGGACGUGCGAGUGCGCCGCCGCGUACGGUCAUUUGGCGUGUCUGAAGUACGCACACGAGCACGGGUGUGCGUGGGAUGAAGGGACGUGCAUGUGCGCCGCUGGGAACGGUCAUUUGGCGUGUUUGAAGUACGCACACGAGCACGGAUGUGCGUGGGAUGAAGGGACGUGCUGGCGAGCCAUCCAAUGUGUAUACCAACAGAGAGAAGACUGCGUGGAGACUGCGUGGAACUGUUUAUCGUACGCGAUCGAUCACCAGUGCCCCGGAUACGUGACGUACGUCACUUUGUUGCGCCUCGAACGCGAUGCGCAAGUCGCCGAGACAAGCUUCAUCGUCAAUCUCGCACUCUCGCACGCUCGAAACGGCUACAUCCCAGAGCGCGAGUACGCCGAGCCCAAAGCCGAGCUCGAACGCGCGCGCGCAAAAAUAGACAACAUGAUAGCCCAACUCUUGGCAGAUGACUGA